GAAAGCCGCAACCAGCACCAUUCACACCACCGCUGACCAUCUACCUACCUCCCCACGCCAAACAACUAGCAAUGGGUAGUUAGAACUACCCAUCCUCUAUAACUGGGAAUACCCUCUCACUCCUUCCAUGCCCAGCAUGCUCAAAAUAUACAAGGAGACCAAGGUCGAUGCCCGACCAACCGCGCCCGCAUCGAUCGUAAACAUCCCCAUCCCAUCAUCCUCAUACGGUCACAGCAACCCGCAGCAGCGGCGUACCAAAUUCUCCCUCCUCCCUUCUACUUCAACAGCUACACACUCCGACGACACGACGAGGGAUGAAGACGCGUUCGCGAAGCGCUAUCUAGCCACACAGGGUGCAGUCUACUUCCGCAAGCGGAAAACAUACCCACGCAGCUUCCUCUGGCGAGUCGUAGGCGGCAAUGAUGGCGGGGACGAUGAUAAGUUUCUCGAGAUCCAGUCGGUAGACUUGACCAAGAGUGCCAGCGAGGCGAUGACACCGACGACGGGCAGCACGACGACGGCGGCGGCGGCGGCGUCGAUGAUGACGACGUCCAACAACGCGAACAGCACCAGCCACUAUCAGCACCAGCACGAGGCGAAACUGCUUCUCCGCCUCGAGUUCCCGGAGAAGAUUAUACCGCACGGCGUUGCGCUGGCGGAUUUGGAGGACCAUGAGGUCCUGAGUUUGUUUGUUGUCACGAGGGAUAGGCAGUUGUACACCAUUAGUCUGCGGCAGGAGUUCUUUCGACGUGCCGCGGCGAUUGAUGAGAAUGUGACCGAUUGGUGUAAAGUGAGCUGUCCGGCGCCGUUGGCUUUUGCGCACCCGCACCGUCUGCAUGCGAGUAGUCCUCAGGAAUUGUUUAUUUCGUUGGAUAAUGGGGCGCUUCUUAGGUUGACUAGGAGGGUGGGUGAUGAUGGAUCAAAUUGGUCUGCGAUCACCUUUGAUGAGAAGCCUUGGGGGUCCUCGUUACGUGGUCUCGUGAAAUGGAGUGGUCAACAGCAGAUACGUUUCGAUGGACGAGUAUUGGAUCCGAAUACUUCCAAUGCCAUUGCUACGACCUCUGACCAGGCCUUCGUGUUCGUCGUAGGCCUCAAUCAUACAUUAAAAAUUUGGAAUUUGGCAAGCCAUAAGCUAGUUGCAACGAAAGAUCUGCUAAAUCAGACUAGGCAACAACAAGAUACUGUGCCUGCAACGCUGAAUCCCUCUGAGUCCGCGUUCAUUCGUGUUUUCAAUGCUGAAAGGGCUAUGGAGGGUGAAACGUACUAUGCGGUCACUUACUCACCUCUGGACGAUGGCCAGUUUAAAUUCUGGGCUGUGAAGGGUGGAUUGACCUCACGAUUGGAGAUGGAGGAUCUUUUCCCAGAUUCCAAAUUAAAACCUGCGGACCCGGACCCUUCAGGCAGUGUGUUUUGGACGAUUGCGGACUUUCAAAUUAAGUCCAUGGAGGAAGGAAGACACAUGGUUCUUUGGGUGCUUUGGAGAAACAACAACCUCUAUCAGAUUUACAGCCUACAUUUCAACCUGGAUGAUUUGGAGUCGGCAUGGCGUCGCAAUUGGACGGGAAUGGCGUUAGAGACCCGCUGGGACGAACCGCCCCCGAGUUUCCUGGCAUCUGAUAUUGCCGAUCCAGCAGAGAAAUGGUUGGAGUAUCUUUUUUAUCCCGGAAAGUACUCUCGUGAAGUCCUUGCGACAUCCCUUGCUGUAUACCAAGACGCGAUGAAAAUUAAACCGGCAACAGGAUUCAGCAAAAAGUCUACGCCGCUCCAGCAACAGCUCUGCUCGACAAUUUCGGAAUCAGUGUCACUGCGAAAAUUCAAUGACGCUGGAGUCGACUAUACCAAGUAUCGACGAGAAACAGAUACCAAAUGGCGGCAGUUUUGGCAAAUUGCUGAUGACCUCAAUAAAAAGAGAAGCCAGGCGAUUUCACUUAGUUAUGACGCGUUUACAGAUCUUCCAUGGCUGCUCUUCGCUGAUGGGUGUUGUCUCAUUAGAGAAUGUAGCAGCACAGAGCUACUUGUCCAUAAUGACGACCAUGCGUUGAGAGAUCAUAGAAGAGCGCUGGAAGACUCUUUUCAUCAUAGGAACUUGGAUCAGGAGUUGAAAGAUCGAUCAGAACUAGCGGCGGCGCUUAUCGAAGUUGCCUCAUCCUUUAGACAGAAAUUCACCCCAGAGCUGAGUCAAGCGUGUGCAGCCGCACUGAAUGCGGAGCUUUUCACGGAGCCUUCUCUGUCUGCAGCCCAGCGAAUUGCUGCGUUUCACGCACAGAGCAAAUUCUCCGAGUUGAUCACGGAUGAUAUGUUUGAUAGCAUAUUUACGAGCGUUGACAUCGCUAUCGGGUUUAAGAAGCUCACCACCGAACUCUUUCUUUCCAUUAUCGAUACGAUGCCGCUUGGAUUCCCUGGAAAAGAUUCCGAACUUCUGUCAACAGAUUUCGGACGGAUGGUGACUGUUCAGGGUGCCUUGGAAACGAUACGGCUCAAUAAACAAGUGCUAUAUGACCUUUUACUACUUACUGUUUUCGUCGAGACCGAGUUGACGCAGGAAGAUGGCGUGCUCUUUGAUGGGGUAGAUCUGUUUGUGACCCUGAUUGAGCUGUUAAAGGAAUAUGAGAUGAUGAUAUGGUUGGGAUCGAAUGUUCGACCGUGGCCUGGAAAUCCACCCCAUGGAAGAGAAAGUAGUUCGUUAUCACCGGCAUUAUCCAAGGAAGUGGGCACGGGGAACCAAGAGCUUCGAUUAUCGACCAUUCUCGAAGACCUUUUCGCCUGCCAUAUCAAACCGCGCCCGACAUUCGCUGUUCCUCAAACAUUUACGCUUACACAACAAAUUCGAGACGUGGUGUCAUGGAUCACAAGACAGGGCGAAGUGCCGUUUCCGAAUGUUUUGGUGUUUAUUCAAUGCGACCUCCUGGCUUCUGGUAACAUUGACCUAGCCUCCGACUUCUUACGGUUCCAGCCAAAUACCGCUUGGUCUACGUAUGUCAAAGGAAGGCUAUACGUGGCAAAAUCUGAGUUCGACGCGGCGGCUAUCUAUUUCCAAAAAGCAGCAUACAUUCUUUCACACGGAAAGGCUGUUGGAAAUCUCCAUGAAAUGUCUUCUAACCUCCUUGAUAUAAUAUCGGUCAAUAGCUUUUAUGACGGGCUGCCGAAAUACUUUCAGCACAUUCUCUCGAUAUUCGAGCAUGCACGGGCAUUUGCUCAUGUUGCUGAUUUUGCCCGUCUUGCCCUCCAGGCCUUGGAAUCUGACCCGAGGAAAAACGAACCCACCUCUGACUACAUACAUCUCCGGACUGACCUUCUUUCCCGUCUAUUCCAUGCUUCCCUGAAGACCUGUCGUUUUGACGAAGCCUACUCUGCACUUUCACGAUACACAGAUGCCGCAUUGCAAAAAUCUGCUCUCACCUCCUUAAUCACCACUAUCUUGGCCGCAUCAGGGCCAGGCAUUGCCGGCCUCCAAAAGAUCCUCCGAUUCCCCAUAUCAUUGGCACCAGAUCUAGCCUCUCACGUUGACGAAGUCCUCCUAUCGCUCGCGAAGAAACAAUUAACGCACGGCCGAUCACAAGGGCAAGCUUUACCCACAGCGGCGUCGUGGCAGGACAAAUCCGAUAUCCCAGAUUACCAGCGCGUCCUCCAAGCCUACCGCGUAGCACGUAAUGAUAUCCGUGGCGCAGCGGAGGUGUCAUAUCAAGCCGUCCAGCGCCUCCGCGAGAUGAGGGAUCGCGGCAUGUACUCGGCACGUGCACUGAUGAUCCGACGAAAUGUGAAUGAAUCAGCACCGCCGCGACACCAUGAAGUGGAUGAGGAUGACAUGGAGAGCAAGAACCUCCGAAAUGAGCUUCUGUCUCUGAUAAACCUCCUUGCCUGUAUGGAUAAGGACGAAGCUUAUAUCCUUGUCGAGGUUCCUAGUUCACCCAAAAACGCUCGUCCGCGAGGCAGUAGUGUCCUCAGCAGUGCUGCUGCGGAUGACGGCUCCGUAUUUCUGGACUCUACUGCGGUGACAAAGUCGCCCCGGGUCUCGCUUUCAUCCCCGUCCGCUGCAAACGGUAUGGCGUAUUCACCACGCUCGAGUGUUGGUGUCGGUGAAAGGAAAUUUAGCACCACAUCGUCCCAGCAAUCCAUAGCUCACCAAUCGAAACUUUCUAAGCGCAUAAUUGUUACACUGGAAGAUUUGCGAAGAGAGUAUCAAGCGGAGCUAGAUCGAGUUAGCAGGAUUGAGAAUGGGGAUUGGGAGUUUGGGUUUGUUGAGGGUGGGGAAGAGGAUAUGGAUAUGAUCAAUGAUGAUAGAUUGAAUAACGUGGAUGCGAUGGAUACUUUGUGAUUUCUCAUUUACCCUUUCUUCUGAUUUGUUUAGAUAACCAUUUUGCCCAUCUUGUUUCACUAGUUUAAACAGUUGGCGUUCUCUUCCCUUUCCACCAUUCCUGGCGCCUGUCUCCUUGUCACGUUACUAUUUACUUACCCCUAAAUUUUUUUAUUCAUUUACAUGAUAGGCAUUGAGUAUGGUAUUACUUACAACUUAGGUGGUUAACAGUUGGUCUGUAUUUAUAACAGGUUUCAUGGUUUAUAUUCCUUGCCCCUUCUUAUUCCCAGGUGCUUUUUACGACAUGGUAUCGCCAUUGCUCUGUGACGUGAAUGGGAAUCAGGUUUGAGAUGAAUGGGAGAGAAUCGAAAGGUCAUUUCCCUAGUGAGCGUUAAAGCCAGCCCGUUCUCCGCGUGUCAUCCGAGCUAGGUGGACCAGAUUUUAGCAACUGACCCUUUCUCGAAUCACAUAUUAAUUCGGCCGGGCUUCGAUUGCUCGACGAUCGUCAAUAGAAACCGGUUCAUCAAUCUUCAAGGCCUCGCUCUGCACGGGACAAAGCUGAUGAUUUUGAUAUAAAAACUGCAGGAGGAUGGGCGUACAUAAAGUCCCAACCCAUCAGAUCCAGUCCGAUUCUGCAAGAAAUAAAUUACCUAGGUCGAAGUAAUAUCACCAUUGUUCCUCCCAGGGGAAAAUUUUGCAGAUCGACCCUUAAUCUCUAGAGUAACCAAAGGCAAACCCAUAUAUUCGAGCAAUUGUUAUCAAAUGGUUCCUCUGAGGCCUUUCACCACAUCCCUCAAAGCAAAAUCGACAAGCUCAAACAAAAGCUCG